GCUACGCUACCACGAAUGAGUCAUUCGCGAUUUUCAUUCAACUGCGCUCGGUCGGCUGUAGUGAACUAGUGCCCUGGAAGCGAACAUCGUUCAGUGAAAUUCGAUAUUCCUUAGGCAAUUCAUACUAAAUUGAAGAGAAAAAAUGUCCACCGUAUCCAAACGAUAGGUUGUCCCUAUUUAGGAGCACAAACCCCCCGAAAAUGUAAUCGGUCUGUGAAAACAAGCAGCCAACAGAAAAUUAAUGUAUCUGACCAGCAAAAAGCUAGACGUCAAAUUGUUCCUAUGGGGUCUGUUUCUGCUGCAGAUUUUCCUUAUAUCGGUGUUCCUGGCCUUCGGAACGCUCCUGGCAGGCCACCUGCAGCAGGAUGACCAGCAAAGAGACGGAACCUGGUUCAACGUAAAAUUCAUAGCCAAUCGCAGCUCCUCGUCGGAGGCCAAAAACCAGACAGUGUCGUCGGCAGCAGCAGCAACUGGGGGCCUUACCCGGAUCCGGCAUCCCCGAUUCAAACCGCUCCGAGUGCGGACGCUUCCGAAACCGGCCCAUCAGGAUAAAUAUUUCAGAUCGAUCCGGUACCAUGAUGGGGACCGGGAGCAGCAACGGUUGUGCUUCAUCGAGGGAACGCACUUCCCACCAACGCAGGCUCCCCGCGGGAAGCCACCGCGGAAGCGAAACAGUAUACAAGCACCCACCAAGACGUUGGCGUUGAUGGGUUGGCGUCAGCAGCAAACUACCAAUGAGACUGAAUCCGAAACAGGAGAGUUAGAGUUAGACGUAGCUAUAGGAGGAGCAGAGUCGGAGGAGAAUGAAGUGCUACCGGAUGGGCGCUGUCGCUGUUUGCCCGAGUGGCACGGACCGGACUGUGGUCAGCCGGAAUCGCUGUGGAGGGCGUUCGUCGCCUCGCGGAUACCACCGAGAAAUCAGACCGCAGCACCCCGAAAGGUACCGAAGAAUGUUUUCUACAUCAUCGAUACCAACUUCAUCAGCGUGGAGGUGCUCGAAAUGCAGAUAAUGGAACUGCUAGAUAUUGUUAGUUUGUUUGUGUUGUGUGAUAGGCAACUUCCGGCGGCAGGGCUCGGAGCUUUGAAAAGUGAUAUGUACUCCAUUGGAGAACACAUGGAAAGGGUAGACUUUCUGAAGCAAAACCAAAAUAAAAUUCUUUUGCUGGAAGAUGCUUCGUGCAGCGGGAGGAACAUCUUUCGAAAAAUGAAGAAGUUCAUUGCUAGUAGUGAUAUGCGGGCAGAAGAUAUUUUGCUGUACAGUCGGACUGAUGAGGUUCUCAACCGAAGGGCAGUGAACUACUUCCGGUGGUACGACAAUUGGCCACAGCCAGUUCGGUUCCGGCUCAAGUACAACAUGUUUGGAUUUUUCUGGCAGCAUCCGGACCACACUCGCCUAGGAAGCGCCGCCUGUCAAUUAAGCUACGUAGAUGAAGCAUAUCGAUCCGAUCCGGAAGCUCUGCUCAGGAUAGACAAACCGGUGAUGCUAAUUGGUGAUCUGAAUCAUUACGGUGGCUGGUUUUGUCGACUGUGCUACCAACCGAUAGAUAUAGUCAAAUAUUUAGAAUUCAUAGCUUUAGUCAAUACUAGCUCUAGUAAAACUAAUCAAUCAUCAUUGUAUCUUCCCGAUCCUAAGAAGGGUACGGUGUUGAACGUCGAGUACGUUCAGAAUCUGAUUGCCAGUGGGAAACACUUCCACGGCAAUACCAACCUCGUGAAACUCCAACGUCAUCUUGACAAAUACUACGCUCCCGAGUACGUCCGCAACAACAGUUGGAAGUUCGACAAUGUCGUCAUUAAUCUUUUCGCUCGCUGGGAGGACAGUGUCGUUGAUGACGAAUACUUUAGCUAGAUGUUCUUCCUACUCCGGAAAACCAGAAACACGAAUCUUUCAUCAUCAACACAGUUGUAAAAAAAAUGACAUAAUCAAUUCAAAGCAACAACCAAAAAAAAAAACUUAAUACUCUUCCUAUCAUAAUCAUCGCAGCACAACUACGUAAAAGCCACAAACCAUCCCGAUAUCUUCCCUUUAAUAACAAAAAAAAAACAAGCAAACUAACGUUCGGAUUAGCCAAAAAUGUGAAACAGAAAAAAAUAAAUCAUCAACAUGAAAUCAUCACAGAAGAAAAUAAUAAUAUUUAAUUCGAGCUUGUCGGUGGUGCGCAUUGCGUUGGAACUUAAUCGAUUGGAAUCUCGGCAUGAAUGCAUCAAACAUCUUAUAUUAGAUAGUAAUUGAAAAAAGAAGAAAAAAAAAACAAAAUUGAGCCUAACUCGCAAAUUUUUGAAUUUGCCUCUUUCAAAGUUAUUGAAUUUUUGAUGAUUGGAUGAAUAUUUUUAGGUAAAAUUAAUUGAAACCACGAAUCGAACAAUUAGGAACCUUCUUUGGACAAAACUCGUUCUAAGCUGAGUGAGAAUCUGAAAAUAUUUCCACUCACAAGCAUACCUGACUUAAAAUGAUUGAUAUUUUAAUAUAAGAAUGAAUGUAUGUAGCUCGCUCGUCUAAAUUCAUCUAAGUAUGAUUUCGAUUUCAAAUUUAAAUAAAUUGGCUUCAACUUAA